GCGGGCCAAUGGCGGCACAGGAAGCGACCACAGACAGCGUUGUCCGACUGUAAUGAAUACGCUCUCAUUCAUAUUUUCUCUCUUCAGGGAGAUUUUUGUUGUAUGCGCAUUUACUUCUUGCAGGGAUAAUCGCUAUCCUGCAACCCGGAUAAUAAGGGCUCGACUCCGACGUGGAAACAGCGGUUAAACGUCGUUAUGUAUCGCGGUUCUAGGCCGCACAGAGGCGGCUAUCAUCCUCCGCCGUCUCGCGGUUUCGGGCCUCGUCCCGGACCAGGCCAUCCUUCAGACCGGGGACACCACGCUCCUCCAGACCCGUACCGGCGCUCUUCCCCGCGGAGGAGAUACUCCCCUGGAGCAAGAGAUCCGCCCGAUGAAUACAGAGGAGCGCGACCACAACGAGGCUACGGGAGGUACAGUCCAUCGCCUACUCGUGGUGGUCUCCCAGCUGACCACAGUCUGGUCAUAACGGUGGGGAAUGAGCUGAACCAUCCAUCAGGCUAUAAGGGGGCAGAUGCUCCUUAUGUCCGAGAUUAUGGUGCUGGUGAAUCACACUAUAAUAAGCCCUAUUACUCUCCACGGAGGUCGAGCCAUGAUGGACAGAGCGAUAGGGGUUCGAGGAGGCGCAGUGUUAGUCGUGGCAGGAGCAGGGGCAGGAGUCGCAGUCCUGGCUACGCCCGCAGCAAAAGUCGACCGCGCAGCCGGAGUCGGAGCUACAGUCGCGGCAGGAGUCCCGAACGAGCGAAGAGCCGUGCGCGUAGCAAGAGCAGAACUCGUGCGAGGAGCUACAGUAGAAGUAGAAGCAGAAGCAGAAGUGGAAGUCGUGGUCGCAAUAAGAGUAGGGCCAGGAGCAGGGCAAGGAGCAAGAGCCGGCCACGAAGCCGUAGCCGAGAAAGGAGCCGAAGCAGGGGGAGAAGCCGAGCAAGGAGCCGGGCUAGGAGCCGCAGUGUCAGUCGCAGUGGUAGCAGUAGCAGCAGCGGCUCCAGCAGGAGUCGUCACAGCAGCGCCAACAAGAGAGUCAAGACAGGUAGUUUUAGGGAGGGAGAGGAGGACUUUACUGAGCUUGAGAAGGCUCGGAGACGCAAGGAAAUUCAAGAUAUGCUUGUGAAGCCGGCAAAGUCAAUUUUGAAGAAAAGGAUGGAUUCCUCUGAGACUGAUUCUCCCAUGCUAGUGCAGAAUAGUGAUUCUCCUCGAGGAAAUCCAGACGGUGGGCUUUCGCAUGAGGCAGAACAGCUUCUCUGUGCACUUUCCAAAACCAUGGAUUCAGACUUGUUUGCAUCCCUACUGGGGAAAGCUUCUGAUGGUAAUGUUCUUGAAGAGCUGAUUGGCAAGCUCCAGCCAGGCAGAGAGGGUGGAAGUGACUUGCUCCUUUCUCACGAGAAAGGGAGACAAAAGGCAGAACUCACAGAGUUGCUUGGAAUGAUAGCAGGAGCCCAUUCUCAGAAAAAGAGUCUUACAGAUAUUGAAGAUGAAGAGAAAUUUCUCUAUGGAGAUGAAGAGGGUGAUGAGGUGAAACCUGCUAAGGAGGUUCCAGCAGAUUCCAGCUUUCCAGACACAAGUUUCCCACAGUCUUGUGAUAGUCAGAGAAGAGAACAUGGCUCUGCGCCUUACGCUUAUGGCCAUGCUGCAGAAAAUGUGUCGAGCCAUUCGCAGAGAGACAGCAGGCAUCGUUCCUCGGCCACACCUGAGAUGCAUCCCAAGGAAGAACCUGAGGACUUCCCACCUGGGGUUGGGCCACAGGAUGUCAAGGUAAGGAAGGAGGUAGAGGAAUAUGAGAAGAUACAAGAUUUGCUGAAAACAAUUGGCUUCGACCUUGGUGUGGCCGAAAUAAGCAAGAUGGCCGCCAGGACGCAAGAGCGCCUCCACGGUGCCACCCCUGCAAAGAAGACACCAGCUGGCCGGCAGUCGGAUAGAAAGCACCGGAGUCGUAGUAGGAGUUACAGCAGCAGCAGUGGAAGCAGCAGGAGCUCCAGUCGCAGUCGGAGCAGCAGCCGAAGCAGAAGCAGGGCAAGCCGAAGCCGAAGUAGCAGUUUCAAUCGCACUUCAAAACAGAGCCGGAAAAAGCAAGUUUCCCCAGAACAAAGAUCUCAACGCUCACAUAGUCAGAACAAGAAAGAGGCUCAACCUGCCGUCACAGAAAGCAGAUGGCCUACGACACCCACUGUGGGUCCUGGGACACAGGCAUAUCCUUCCCAACCCAGCCUCCCGGGACAUCAAGUGCCCCCAUACCCACCCCCACGGGGAGUAAUGCCACCUGACUUCCCUCCACACGGUUACGAUGCAUAUGGCAAUUAUAUUCCAUAUAUGCCCCCGGGAUGGCCGAUGUACCCACCUCCAGGUAUGUCAGUACCUCCUCCCAGUCCAAUGGAUCCCUACAGCCUACCUACCUAUGAGCGGCCCUUUCUUAAAGUGAUCAAACCUGGGACAAGUGAGAGUAAAAACGACAAUAAAAAAGCACCUUCUAAAUCGGAUGCUGUGGCCUCUAAAGCGAUCACCACUGACAUUAAGAUGAAAGAAAUGGAAGAUAAGAAUACCGCCAGUGAAAAACAAAAGGUCAUGGAGGAGCUUGAAAAACUAAAAAAGGAAAAAAUAAUGCGACACAAGAGAAAAGAAAAUCUUUUAAAGGAUGUGGAGACAUUGAGAAAGCAGCAAGGGGAGCUUCUUCGAAAGAAGCGAAGGGAGAAGGAUGGACACAAGGACCCUCUUCUUAAAGAGCUCGGUGAGCUCCAAGAGGAUGCGAUGGCCCAAAUCUCUAAGUUGCGUGCUGAACAGAGAGAAGCAGAUCAAAAACACGAAGAGCUGGUCAAAGUGGCUCUCAUUCUCGGUAUAGACUACAAAGAAUCGAAGAUCUCUGGGGACUAUGAGCAGCAGCCCCCUCAGAGUAAGAAGGAUUCAACCAGAAGCCCAGAGAAAUCAGGGGCCAAAACCAGCACCUCGUACACUAAGGUACCCUCCUCAAAAGCAAGAGCCUCUCCUGAAAAACCCAAGUCAUCUCCUCAGUUGAGCAGCCAUUCCCUGGACACUGCUGCUGAGCAGUUUGAGUACUACGAUGCGGGAAACCACUGGUGUAAAAACUGCAAUGUUACCAGUGGUUCAAUGUUUGAUUAUUUCAUGCAUUUGCACAGCAAAACCCAUAGGAAGACUCUAGAUCCUUAUGACAGACCUUGGGCAAAAUCAGAGAGUGAAAAGAAACAACCAGCUGGAAAGAGGACUUCAAAGCCAGCCAAAGGCUCUGAGUUCUUGAUCCCUGUGAGGGGAUUCUUCUGCCAGUUAUGUGAAGAGUUUGUUGGUGAUCCCAUUUGUGCUGAGGCCCAUGUCACCUGCCAUACUCACAAUGAGAGAUACAAGGCAAAAAUUUAUGAAAAUCCCCUCUAUGAACAAAGGAGGAACCUGGACCGUCAGGCUGGCAUAGAGAGCCAAAAGAGUUCAGAUCACAAACGAAAACGUGAAGACGACGAUCAGGAUAUGAAGAAAUCCAAACACAGCAAAGGAGGAAAAAUUUCCAGUAAUGAAGUGGAGAUGAAACCACAGUACAGCAAGGAUGAGGAGUACAAGAAUGUCAAAGAGAGUGAGAAUAAACUUAAGGAGAAAUACAAGAAAGAGGAUACAGAUAAACUGAAAUACAAGGAGGAUGAUGACAGAUUCAAGAUGAAAGAGGAAGAGAGAGCGAAGUAUAAAAAAGAUGAUGAUGAACGAAACCGUUACAAGAAAGACGAUGAAUACACAAAUAAGUACAGGAAGGAAGAAGGGGAGAGAUCCAGGUAUGAAGGGGACAGAUAUAGAAACCGAGAUGAUGAUGAAUAUGAUCGGUAUAGAGAAGAGGACGACAGAUAUAGAUUUAGAAAGGAUGACGAGAGGGGCCGAUAUAGUAAAGAAGACGAGAAGGCCAAGUAUGGCAGAGAAGAGGAUAAGAGAUACAAAUACACUCGGGAGGCCGAGGAUAAAAAGUCAAAAUAUAAAGAUGAUGACUGGGGGAAGUGGCCGAAAUCAAAGUGGGAUGGGGAUGAAGACAGUAAUGGCAAGUAUGAUAAAAAAGAAGACAAAACUCUGCACCAGAAGGGCAAGGGUGGUUAUUUCAAAGAUGACCAGGAGAGCACAGGGAAGUUCAAUGCUAAAGAUGUCAAAGCAGAGCCAGAGAAAACCAGCGAGCCUCCUAAAGUCUUAUGUGGUCCGAGCCCUGCCUUGCUUGCUAAACUUCGCAAAAAAAAUGAGGAGGCUGCUGGUCGGCUUGGCUUUGGGAAGUUUGGUCGGAAAAAGCCACAGAAGACGGCACUGGAGAAGGAGGCAGAGAGGAUGGCGGCACAAUUUUUAAAGGAAGAUGAAGAGGCGUCAAAUGAAAACGCAGAGCCUGAGCAAGAUCCUUUUACAAAGUCUAUAGCUGCUGCAAAAUCCAUUGCUAUGAAAUUGUCAGGAAAGGUUGUGCUUCCCCCCUCUUGUGAAUGGCUAGCAUACAACGAAAAUACAAGUAAUCCUAAUCUACCGCCUCCCAUAUCUCCUAUGGUUAUUAGGAAGUCUUUUACAGGUGUGCAAAAUAAACCAACACCACUUGUUUCUAGUGACAAAUCUGCUGGUCCUGUAACAGGAACUCCGAUGGGCCCAGCACUGCCACCAGACCUUAUUUCCAAGGCAUUUAGUGGAGAAGAGGUGCAAUUAAAAAACACAAAGCCGUCUGUCAGCUCUGAAGAUAUCUUUAACGUAUCCGUUCCACUUCCAUCUCCAACUGCAGCGCCCAAAGUGGUAAGUGCUGCCCAGGUGAAACCUGUUACUCCCAGUGAAUGUGUUGUUACUCGCAGUGAAUGUGUUGUCACUCUAGAGUCCGAUGUGGCUGCUCCCGGAGUGCCUGAGGAAGAGCAGAAGCUCACCAUAAUCCUUCGUCCUCCUCCUCAGCUUCCUUCUAAUGCCAGAGACCCGUCCCCCAAAAUGGUAAAGCCAAAGACCACUCUUGCUGCAGGAAAAGCAAAAGAUUUGUAUGACAUUUUUUACAGUAGUAACUCUGCUGUUAAAACUUGUGUUAGUUCCAAUGUUGGUGACAAACAAGACUCUGGAUUUACACCUACAGAUAGUGGGUCCAGCAUUAAAGAGCCCAACAAUAAAGACAAAAGUGCUAGUGAUGUUGCUCAGAGCGAAGAACUCCCCAAGAACAAGGACUCGGUAGUUGCCCAGAAAGUGGAACCCCUCAUGUGCAUGGAUUCAAAAAUUGCAGAGAGAGAACACCCCAAGAAUGAGGACUCAAGAGUUGCCCAAAAAGAUGAACCCCACAACAACGAGGACUCAGAAGUUGCCCAGAGCAAAGAACCUCCUAACAAGUCCUCAAGACUUGCCAUAAGCGAAGAACCCAUCAAGAACGAGGACUCAGAAGUUGCCCAGAAAGUUGAAUCCCCCAAGUACGUGGAUUCAAGAAUUGCAGAGAGAGAACACCACCACCCCAAGAAUGAGGACUCAAGAGUUACUCAAGAAGAUGAGUCAGACAGUGACUCAAGCUGUAAAGAGUCCAACAAAGACAAAAGCGCUAGUGAUGUUGCCCAAAGCGAAGAACCCCCUAAAAAUGACGACUCGGAAGUUGCCCAGAGUAAAGAACCCCCCAACAAGCCAUCAAGAGUUGCCCUGAGAGAGGAACCAUCUAAGAACGAGGACUCAGAAGUCGCCCAGAGCAAAGAACCUCCCAACAAGUCCUCAAGAGUUGCCAUAAGCGAAGAACCCAUCAAGAACGAGGACUCAGAAGUUGCCCAGAAAGUGGAAUCCCCCAAGUACGUGGAUUCAAGAAUUGCAGAGAGAGAACACCACCACCCCAAGAAUGAGGACUCAAGAGUUACUACAGAAGAUGAGUCAGACAGUGACUCAAGCUGUAAAGAGUCCAACAACAAAGACAAAAGCGCUAGUGAUGUUGCCCAAAGCGAAGAACCCCCUAAAAAUGACGACUCUGAAGUUGCCCAGAGCAAAGAACCCCCCAACAGGCCAUCAAGAGUUGCCCCAAGGGAGGAACCAUCUGAGAACGAGGACUCAGAAGUUGCCCAAAAAGUGGAAUCCCCCAAGUACGUGGAUUCAAGAAUUUUAGAGAGAGAACAACCCCCCAAAGAUGAGGACUCAGGAGUUGCCCAGAGCGACGAACCCCCCAACAGGUCUUCAAGUGUUGCCCAGAGCGAAGCAUCUCCUAAGAGUGAAGAGUCAAAGGUUGGACAGGGCGAAGAAUAUCCCAAUACCGUGGACUCAAAAUUUGAACAAGCAUUUGAGGAUGCAUUCAAAACUGAGAUUCAAAAAGACGACAACUCAAAAGAGGAAGAUAUUGAUCAACAAGUGCUUAAAUCUAUUGAAAUCUCUUUGGGGGACGUAACUGUGAUGGACGUUAAUAGUGUGGACCCAAUACAGAUAAAUAACGAAGAGGAAAACCCUCUGGAAUCUGAGGAACCCAUGUCAUUCUCCCCUCUUCCUGGUUCUUUUACUGAGCAACUGAACUUGGACACAUUUGAAUUCAGUUUUGAGCCUUUGUAAAGGACCUUCCAAGAGUCGGUUUAGGGAUGUAUAUGUUACCUCUGAAUGUAAAUAAGUGAUUUUCAAGUAUUCUUUGUAAUUGCUUGAUCCAGUUAGAAUGUUUCAUGUCUAUUCUUAACCUUUUGGCAGGUAAUGCCAGUGAAAGCGUGGACUGAAAAGCAUUCAUUCUGAAGUGGGUGCUGGGGAAGGAAUCCCUCUAAGAGAAUGAAAACUUACAUCAAGUAAUGAAUCCUAAAUAUGUGUAAAAGUUUCACUAUCUUGUCAAAAGCACCAGGUGUUGAGCUACAUGUUUGCGUAUUUUGUUCCCAGCAGAAAUCAUUCCUUUCCUCCCCAAAGGUAAUGUAAAACAUAACGAAUACGAUGUGUAUUAAAAAUUUCAGACUCUAAAUCCAUUUCUUCUGUUCGUUCCAUUUAAAUCAAUGAAGAUAUUUUAAUACAGGAGCCACACAGAUCCAGGCUCAGAGAAGAGAAAUGGUGUGGAGUUCAUGCUUCAAGGACAUGCAUACACAACUUUGGCCAGAAAAUGUCAAGGCUUGGCCUCCAUAGUUUUAUUACCCUGUGCUGUGUAUUGAUGGCUUUUCCUUCUGGUUUCAGUUUAUUUUUUGUUUUUUGACAAACUAAUGUGUUGUUAUAAUGUUCACAUUGCUACCACGAUACUUUAGCAUCUCCAAAUAGUUGGUGUAAUUGCACAAGUUCUGUGCUAGUUCAAAUAAAUCACAGCAACCCUUCC